AUGGUCGCGUCAGUGCAUGACGGCUCAAGCCCGAGACCUGCCGCCGUGAAGGGAUGCUUCCGCUCCGGUCGGGAUGCGUCGCUCAAAGAGUCAAACCUCUUGUUGCUAUCUCGUCCGACGCCCGAUUCGCCGGGGCGCGUUGAAAGGCUCCUCGACCCGACCAUCCGCAGCCGGGCGUUGUAG